UGCUUGUCUAUCAUUCUCUAUAUCUCCCCUUCUCUAUGGUUCAUUAUUAUUACAUCCCCUCUCUCUCCCCUCCUCUACUUUUCGUUACUCACAUUCUCUCCAUUCUUUAUUGCUCUAUAGGGUCACCUUCACUGACUCCUCUCUCUCCUCUCUCUAUCUCUGUCGCUCUGCUCGAUAGGAACCCAAACAGAGAACCUUCCCUCAAACCCACCUCCUCAUCUUUCCCACACCCGUAAUCUCUCUCUCUCUCUCUCUCUCUCUCUCUCUCUGUGAAUUUCUGAAAUGGACAGUCCAAGUAUGGAGAAAUCUGGGUCUCAAAUUCCACACACGAUCUCACCAUCUACUAGUAGAAGAACAAAAAGAAGAAGCACCGACUCAAACUCGCCCGAUUUCGAGUUCUGGAUGGUCCGAAACCCCUCUUUCCCCUCUCCCGACGAAUUGUUCGUCGACGGCGUCCUCCUCCCUCUCCACCUCCUCCACCUCCACCACGAUGACCCACCCGAACCAGACCCGUCUCCAAAUCCUGAAGAACCCGCCUCCGAAACCGGUACAGGACCCGAAUUAGCUGCGGCGAUGGACCCAUCAACCGCCGCAUUGACUGGUUCUAAGCGGUGGAGAGACAUAUUCAAGAAGACCGAUCGAAAGAGCGAAGACAAAGAGAAAGAGAGAGAGAAAGAGAAGAGAAAAGAGAGAAAGGCUAAUACUGGUGGUGGUGGUGGUGGAGUGACUUCGGCGGAGCUGAAUAUUAAUCUAUGGCCUUUCUCCCGGAGUAGAUCCGCCGGGAACAGCGGCGUUAGGCCGAAGAUGGGUGGCGGGUCGGCGGUGACCCGAAAAGUGAGUAGCGCACCGUGUUCAAGGAGUAACUCAGCGGGUGAGUCGAAGUCUAGAAAAUGGCCGAGUAGUCCCAGUCGAGGUGGGGUCCACUUGGGUCGGAGCAGCCCGGUUUGGCAUGUCCGCCGUAGCGGGCGGAGUUCCGACCCGGCGGUGGUUCGGAAUGCCGCCGAAAAGGCUGUUAUGGAAACUCGCCGGAAAAAAAUUCCCUCCGCCACAGCCGCCAACGGUAAUGGUGGCGGUGGCGGUGGCGACAGUGGUGGAGGUGGGUCUAAAGCAAGGGUUUUGAGUUUGAAUGUGCCGAUGUGUAUUGGGUACAAGCAGCAUUUAAGUUGUAGAAGCGAUGAGAGCAGUGCGGUUAGCGUCACCUCCUCUGCCGCCGUGGGCGGCGGAGCUAGCGGUGGUCAGAGUGGUGGAAGUGGCUCCGGUGGCGGUGGUGGACGUGCCGGUAAUUUGUUUAAUCUGCGUGGUCUCUUCAGUAAGAAAGUGUAUUAACUCCUUUUUAAUGUUAAUGUGGCCUUAAAAUAUUUGAUUAAUAUUUUAAAUUUUGAAUUUUUUAUAUUGUUUUUG